CAGGAAGUUGUAGUCUACGUCAUUAUUUUCUUAUGGCCUUGUUUGUUCUCAGUGAAAGGAUUGCCACAAUUUUGGCCUGAGACGUUUUAUUUAACUUAUGCCAAAAUGAAACAAAAUUCCAAUGUCCCUGCGUUCCUUACCAAGCUUUGGACUCUAGUCGAGGAUACUGAUACAAAUGAAUUCAUCUGUUGGAGCCAGGAGGGCAACAGCUUCCUGGUGUUGGAUGAACAGCGUUUUGCCAAGGAAAUACUUCCCAAGUUUUUUAAGCACAACAACAUGGCCAGCUUUGUCAGGCAGCUCAACAUGUAUGGAUUCCGUAAAGUUAUGCACAUUGACACAGGCAUCGUGAAGCAGGAACGCGACGGACCAGUGGAAUUUCAGCAUCCCUUUUUCAAGCACGGACAGGAUGACUUGCUGGAAAACAUCAAGAGAAAGGUGUCUUCAGCAAGGCCAGAGGACCCUAAGAUUCGGCAAGAAGGCCUGUCAAACAUUCUGCUCAGUGUGCAGAAUAUCCAGGGUAAACAAGACAGUAUGGAUUCCAGACUUGCCUCUCUGAAUAGGGAGAAUGAGGCUCUGUGGAGGGAGGUGGCGGACCUGAGGCAAAAGCACGCCAGUCAGCAGCAAGUCGUGAAGAAGCUCGUGCAGUUCAUCAUUACGCUCGUCCAAAACAAUCGUGUUUUGAGUUUGAAACGCAAGAGGCCUCUACUCAUGAACAGUGGGAAGAAGCCCAAAUUCAUCCAUCCCAUUUUCGACGAUCCUGUAGAGCACAGUAAAGGGUCCGCCAACGGCCUCAGUGGUUUAAAGAGCACCGCCGAGCUCACCGACGACGUCAUCAUCUGCGAUGUCACCGACGACGACACGGAGAUCGUGGACGACACCUCCAGGAUCCUGGAUCAGACGGAGGUGGAGAUUGUGGAGAUGAACUGUGGGGAUGACGCACUGGAGGGAAGGGGAGCACAGGGCAUACUGAGGACAGAGUUUGAGGAACCCCCCAAAAGCCCCGCAGACAGCCCCCUGACCAGCAGCGCCCUACAGGUCAACAAGUCCCCUGGCCUGAGUCUGGAGGACCCCCUCAAAUUAAUGGACUCCAUCCUCAGUGAAAACGGAGCCAUCUCGCAGAACAUCAACCUUCUGGGGAAGGUUGAGCUAAUGGACUACCUGGACAGCAUUGACUGCAGUUUGGAGGACUUUCAGGCCAUGCUAUAUGGGAAACAGUUCAUGGACUCAGACAUUGUAGAGGAGACUGACAGCUCAAAAGAAAAGGCUGGUCAGUCGACCAAAGGGCUCAAGUCUGAUGCCUCUAACACAGAUAAACAGCUGAUCCAGUACACCACCUGCCCCCUGCUGGCCUUCUUGGACGGAUGCACCCCGCUGGCUGAGUCGGGGCAGUCCAGCGGGGACCUGGGCGACACGCUGCUGGAGCCCAGCCUGGACCCGGAGCAGCCUCCCUGCGGGGCGUCCCUGGUCCACCUGGAGAGCCUGGAGCAGGAGGAGCAGCCGGUCCGGAGCUCGCUCAUCCGGCUGGAGCCGCUGACGGAGGCCGAGGCCAGCGAGGCCACCCUGUUCUACCUGUGCGAACUGAGCCCGGAGGUGCCGGGCUCCGACACCUCCCACCUGGAGGUGUGAAGGCAGCUCGGAUAGGGGGAGCGGGAGGGCCGUUACGAACAAAACCUUUGUGUACAUAUUCAUCAAAAUGAUGAUCUAUUUAUUUUGCCAGUAUCUUUUCGGUACAUUUCUGUCCCAGAGUUCAGACCACGACAUUCCUCAUCGCUCAGCCUGACGUCGCAUUGCAAAGUGUCCGCAGACCGCUGGAGGUUCUCCCGCGCUGAGCUGACUCGACGGCCACGAUCCUUGCUGCCGGGAAUUUUCCUAAGGGAUCUCGCCGUCGAUUGGUCGAGAGAAACCGUUUUAUAAGCUCAGUGUGUGAAGGGUUACAACUGUCUUUACUGUUUAAAGAUAUAGAAGUGCCUGUAUCUUAUGGUCUUUGUUAAACUUCAGUGUUCCGAGUUCGAAGUAGUCCAGCUUGUAGCACUAGAUCAAAAACGUUCUGAAAAUUUCUCAUGUGAUUUGCUUAUCCUGUUGGCUUAUUUUUCCCAUUAUUCCAAGCUUGGCAAUAAUAAAAAAUUAGCCUCAUA